AUGAUGCUUCAAUGCCAAAGCGUCAAAUGGGCUGUUUUGGCGAGUGCUGCGUCCAACAAGUAUGCACUCACCAACAAUAUCCAAUAUCAGAAGGUUGCCCUUGAGUACUAUUCGCGUGGAGUGGAAGAUGUAAAACGAGCUAUAGGAAAACUGUGCUUUGAUCAGACCGUCCCUAGCAUCUCACUCAUAACGACAGUCAUCUAUCUAUACAUCUACGAUCUAUGGGGCCAGGACACGGCCCUUGACCCUCGUGGGCAUGUAGCUGGCGCUGUUAAGCUACUCAACCUGCGAUACGACAAAGCUCUACCACUAGCGAUGACAAGGCCAUUUGACCGUCUUACUAUAGAAAGCGUGAUAUACCAGGCCCUUUUACUUUCAAUCCGGCGGCCAUUUGCGCCAAACUUUCAUAUUGACUCAGAACUCCUCUAUAGAAGUGAGGUUAUCCUAGGCACCGAGGCGUUAAUAAAUGCAGCGGACCACUCUAGCCCCGUGCUUGGGGUGUCUGUCUCACUGUACCGUCUUAUUUUAGAUAUCAUUGAUUUUCGCAACCUGCCUGCGCAACAGAUCACUGCUGAUGCUCUCCGCCACCUGAGAACAAGGAUGAAGCGGUGGGAAGCCCUUGUACUGGACACAGGAACAUCGAACUCGCAUCUACACAUGCAAUUACAGGCCAGGGUCGGAAAACCGGAUCCCUUUCAGAAGAGUAUCAUGACGCUCUACAUCCUUGCGGCUUCCUUGCUUCUGGAUUGGAGCACCGAAAUACUAUCAGCUCGGCACUUAUGUGUCAAUGUAGUGAGCGCGGAUUCAGAGGACAGGGAUGCUUUUCAUCCGAAUGGUUUAUCCAGCUGGCAAGUCGAACGCGCUCUGCCCCUUCUUCGGCAGCCGAAUUGUGUUGAAACCUGGAGCCGAUGUUUUCUAGGGGUGUGGCCUUUAUCAAUCUUUGGUUAUGCUGUAGUCAAUGACGGGGAAAUGAAGAGGAUGUUGCGGGAUAUACUACGGCAGGCGUAUCAGCGUACCGGAUAUGGCGAGAUUGGAAGAGUCUUGAAUGAACUGGAGACCUUGUGGAAAAGAGGAACACACCUGCACCCUCAUCGGAUUUCGUGA